AUGCACUCCAUCCUCGUCCUCGCCACUCUUCCCUUGGCUGCCUUGGCCGCUCUCAACGGCAGGUGCACAGGCAGCGCGGCCACUGGCAAGUGGGGAGAGUCUGGCAUUUGCGUCAGGACAUCGACUUGCAACUCGUAUGGCGGCUCAUACAAGACUGGUGCCUGUCCCAACGACCCGUCCGACGUCAAGUGCUGCUUGGUCGGUAUCACUCCUAACGCUGCCACACAACCCUGUGGUGCCGAUUCGUGGUGCACCUGGACGUCGAACGGUUGCUUGGGUAGAUGGAUAUCUGGUAAGUCUUUCCGCUCCAGUAUUUCCUUGUUUUGUAGACAUCAGUUAUUGAUCAAGUGCUUAGAACGUUGCCCUGGUGGAUCAAAUUACAAGUGCUGCAAUAUUUAG